AGUUGCUCUACCUCCACAGCACCUCUUUCUUUCGUCGAAUUAUUUAUGCAGAUAUGGUUUAAAAGAAUAUGGCCGAAAGGGCAGGUUUUCUACCGACUGGACGGGAGUCUCAGUAAGGUGGAUAUAGCAGUUGUAAGAAAAUCCAUGAAAAUAUUAGAAUCAGCUUCUUGUGUCAGGUUUGAACCGUAUGUAGCUGGGAGAGAUCAGCUUUGGGUCAACGUGGAGAGAGAAUGCCCUUGUGAUAAGUUGGGAACCAGAUGUGGAUCUCCCAGAGCCUAUGCUAAUGUUGGACCUCUACCAGGUGGUCGAUUAGUCGUCUCAGGGUCAUGUCUUAAUCCCUAUGAUCACAAGUCUAUUGGUUUAAUUCUGCAUGAAUUGCUGCACACCCUGGGCUUCCCUCACACACAUCAGAGAAGUGACAGAGAUAAAUACAUUAAUGUACAUUUCCUCAAUAUAGAGAUUUCUAAAUGGAACAGCUUUAGUUGGGAUCCAUUCUAUUUACCUAAUAAUGUUCCCUAUGACUGCAAUUCUAUUCUACACUACUCAGAUCUGGCCUUUUCUAGAGGAAAGGGUCCCUCCAUGACUCCAAAGAACCCUAGCACCUGCAAUCUAUCGAAGCCCAACAUUUCUCUUUCCCCAUAUGAUUUACUACUUAUCAACAGUGCAUACAGCUGUCCAAAGAGAAAAGUACGCAAUACAAGAACCAUGUUUGGACAAUUACGGGGAAUUCAACAUAAUACGCAGGGACCCCAUGGCGGUUAUGCGCAGGGACCACGUGGCAGGCGCUAUAGCUUCAAUAACAUGCAAGUUAAGAGAGAAUUAAUUGGAAAUAAAACUCAAAGUACAGUGCACAAUAAUAAAGUUGGCAUUGGUAAAUAUUUUAGAUAUUAUAAUUUAAAUACAUCAUUUGCAGAAUUUAGUAACAACGUUUAAAGUUAAAGUAUCAAAACGCUUAUUAGCAAAAUGCGGAAAGUUAUUAGAAACAUUAUUGGUACGUAAAUCUUUUUUUAAUCUUAUUUUUAGAAAUAUCUUUUUCAAUACUUCAAUAUGUAUGCUGCAAUUAUUAAACAAUUUUAAAACAUUUAUUUCGUUAUGUAAAAUAGCAACAAAUUUUAAGGGCAUUAAUUGCAACGAUGCCAUUCAAACAUUGCAUUUUGUAAAUUAAAAGUCAAAAUCAUUGUUAUGAAAUCUGUUCUAGUUGUAUGAAUGACAUUAAUAUAAAAAUAAAAAAUUAUCUUUUGAUUUUUUCCCAAAACCAAGUGAACCAGAUGCAGAUCACAUCUCGACAAAACGUUGAACUCACAUUGCCUUUGCAACCUUGACAAGCAGAUAUAACGUGGUAUAUUAUCAUGUUUAACCUCUUAUCGAUGUGAGAUCACACUAUUUGUGGCGUUGUUACAACUUUGGACUAUUUGUGGCGUCGUUACAAGGUUGCAACAUUUGUGGCGUUGUUACAGUGUUUCACUAUUUGUGUCGUUGUUACAAUGUCGCACUAGAAAACGUCGUAUUGAGUAUUGACAUCAUUCUCAACGUUGUCAUAUAACGUCAUUCUUGAAAUUGUACAACCUUUUAAAUUUUCAACCUUGAAAUAACCAAAUAUGACAUUGAAUCGACAUGUCAGCUACGUGCAUAACCUGUUGUGUGACUCAAUAUCAACCAUAUAUAAACUUCAGGGAACCUUAUUGCGACCAUAAAUAAACCUCUUUAAUAAACUAUUGAUUAAGCCUAAAAAUGUACACUGGAUACUAAAUUUUGUACUUCCAAAUCCAAAUCCAAAUGUACCAACUCAAUAUUCUCUGAGAUUUGGACAGUGCAAGUACAAAAUAAAAUAUACAGUGCAUUUAAAGCCUAACUAAAUCAUUCAUAUAUUCUGCUAUCAUUAAAUGAAAAA